UGAUUAACUUUCAUUAUGUAUGCAGCACUUCUAGAGGUAGUCUUUGUGUUUCGCUGGUCUCGGUGUUCUCCGUCGGAUGUGUUCUCUGCAUCCGUCUGUGAUCUGAGUAUCGUAGCGUGGCUGGUGGACACAGCAGAUCUGAGCAAAGGCAGCAUGGAGAACGGAGCGCAUGGAGCUGCUCAGGCCAACGGUCUGGAGGGCCACAAACCCAGCGGUCAAGCAGCGGUCAGCGGCGUUCAGACACAGGAGCCGCUCCAGCAGUUGAGCAUGACUCCAGCGCAGCUGUUGCAGACGCAGACGCAGAUCCUGGCCGCAGGUCAACAGAGCAGCACUGGAGCCAGUAUCUCUGCGGCCACGCCCAUCACACUGUCCCAGCCCAUUCAGAUCGCCUCUACGCAGGGCUUGAACCUGUCACAGUUUGUCUUGGUCCAGCCGGGUCACUCCCUCAGUCCUCAGUUUCAGCCUCAGUUCAUCAUAUCUCCGUCUCCUCAGGGUCAGACCGGUCUACCUCAGAGCCCAGCGCAGAGCAGCCUCGCCCUCACCGCACAGGCUGCUACACCGACGCGGAAGAUCGCAGCUCUGCCGGCUCCAGCAUCCGCUCCGAAGCGCAUCGAUGCUGUGUGUGUGGAGGAGGCCAGCGACCUCGAGGAGCUCGAGCUGUUCGCCAAGAGCUUCAAACAGAGACGCAUCAAGCUGGGCUUCACUCAGGGUGAUGUGGGGCUGGCGAUGGGGAAACUCUACGGAAACGACUUCAGUCAGACCACCAUCUCCAGAUUCGAGGCCUUGAACUUGAGCUUCAAGAACAUGUGCAAACUCAAACCUCUGCUGGAGAAAUGGCUGAACGAUGCAGAGCGCAUGUCUGCGGACUGUGUGGUGUCGAGUGCGAGCGAGAUGUCUCCGGGGCUCUGCGAGAGUCUAAACCGACGCCGAAAGAAGCGCACCAGCAUCGAGACCAACAUCCGUCUGGCCUUAGAGAAGAGCUUCCUGGAGCAGAGUCAGAAGCCGUCGUCAGAGGAGAUCACAAUGAUCUCAGAUCAGCUGAACAUGGAGAAGGAGGUGGUGCGCGUCUGGUUCUGUAACCGCAGACAGAAGGAGAAACGGAUCAAUCCUCCCAGCAGCAGCAGCUCGUCCGGAUCAGCCCUCAGAACCAUGUACAGCAGCUCCUCAGCCGCGGUGUCCAGCGGCACGAGCACACUGACGGUCAGUCCUGUGGUUUCUCUGAACAGCAACAGUAUCUCUAACCUGACGUUCAGUGGCGGAGCUCUGGGUCAGGUGAUGUCGAACACGCCCUCCAUCAUCUCCAUGGCGCCCACCGUCACCACGUCCACUCCGGUCAUGACAUCACCCUCCCUCACCCCAUCCACCACCGCUGUCAAACAGGAAGUGGCAGUUUCCAUGGCGACGACAGCCAUGCAGGGGGUGGGGCAGCUGCUUGUGACGGGCACAGGACUGGGAGGAGCUAAUCUGACGGCCUUCGCGGGUUUAAACCCGACGAUCAUAUCGGCAUCGCAGCUGAUGCAAGGCGGUGCGCUGCUGAGUUUGAGUCCUGCGCUGAUGAACAACAACCUGCUGGCCACCAUCCAGGCUCUGGCGUCUGGCGGCGCUCUUCCUCUGACCUCCAUCGACGGAAACACCAGCCUGCUAUUCGCCAAUAACAGCGUGGGAAACCCCUCCCCCAGCAUGGUGACCACGCCCCUCUUCCUCAACCCAUCCAGCUUCUCUCUGCUGCCGGCCAAUCUGCUGUCGGCGGGCGGUGCCGGAGGCGGAGCUCUCAACCUGCAGCUGACCAGUGAUGUCACCACGAUGACCAAGAGUGUGGGUGUGGCCUCUAAGGCGCAGUGAGCGUGUGGCUCCGCCCAUUUCUGUGCUAUCACCAAAAACUCUUGCGAACAAUCAACAUCUAAUGCUCAAAAAGACGGGGGGGAUGGAACCUAAUCCGUUUCUUAAACUUACGUCUAAAUUAACCAAAAAUGUGUGUCUUUCUAAAUCUUGACGAGAGAUUAUUUAGCGUAACAGAGUUUAUAUUGACUUUCUACGAGGAUCUCUGUAGUUUUUAUUUGCGGCUCUGUGGAACGAGCCGAGUGUAGAUAAUUUCAGA